UGUUGGUCUGUCGGAGAGCUUUAUUGCGGGCCACAGAAGCACAGGGACGCCAUGAACGUCAACGUAUUGUUGGCACGUUUUCUCCUCACAGUGUUUUUGUUUUGUACUUGGAUUUGCACCGCAGUUACGGAAGAAGAAUGUAUUUCUCCACUUGGGAUGGAAUCGGGCGACAUAUCACGUGACCAAAUCACGGCUUCGUCCAGGGACUGCACCGGUGACUGCGGGUUGACAUCGUUUGGUCGUCUCCAUAGCAACGACUCGUGGUACCCUGACAAUUUCGAAACCCCUGAGCGAGACCAAUGGAUACAGAUAGACUUGCUCGAGGUGAAAAAUGUCGCGGGAAUUCAGACACAAGGUCAUGAAAGGUCAAAUACAACCUACUUUGUACGUUCAUUCAAGCUUCAAUCGUCCAAUGAGGAAACCGAUGAUUGGACGACUUAUUCAAACUCCACCUUCCCAAAAGAAGAUGCUAUAUUUGACGGUAACGUGGAUGCAGAUACCGUCAGAGAAAAUCUGUUAGAUCCACCCAUUCUGGCUCGGUACAUCCGGGUAAUUCCCUGGAGCUGGUCUCCUAACGGAGUUUCCCUCCGCCUGGAACUCGUGGGUUGUGAACAAGAUCAUACAGUUGACACAACGACGGUGACAACGACAAAGGUGACCCAAACUGUUGCCAUAGCAACAGAAAGGACGACACAUGUCUACAGGAGUACCGUCGCUCCUGUAACCUCCAACACGUCUGGUCAAGGCGCAAAUGAAACCUCCCCAUGGCCACUCCCGACCGAACACACUGAAAAACCAGGCUCCACGGGAAGUUCGUUCCCAAUAGGUGCAGUUAUUGGAGGCACGAUAGGGGGCGUUCUUGGUCUGAUUCUGCUAAUAGUUGUCGCUGUCGUGCUUGCUAAAAGAAGACUGCAUACCCAGGAGUACCCGGUCUUCACCAACCCCAUCUACAAUAAAACCACCCGGCCGUUAGACAGCAACAGGAACCAGCCUCGGUCUGCGCAAGGUUCGCAAGAGGAGAUGGAGGAAUUUGUCGUGAACCACACCUACAGAGGACCACGGUCCGCGAGUGUGAGUGAACCCCUCAAGACAACAAAUGCCGACAGCUCAGAGAGUUGAGAAACAAAUAGGUGACGACAGAAAAACUGUUCGUCCUUGCAAAUUGAAUGUUGCUGUGUAGUAGUCGGUAACCGUGUGCUUUCAUAAAUCUACGAAAUAUUGUUGCAAGUUAGAGCUGAAUCAUCCUCACGACGCCUAGAUGUUGUACACCGGAGCUUAAUUGUAUGCGUAUGUUCGGGUAAAUAUUAAUGACUUUGUGUGUGUGUGUGUGUGUGUGUGUGUGUGUGUGUGUGUGUGUGUGUGUGCCGAGACAUAGAGUUUUGUUUCCCAUGCCUUCUUGGGCACUAAGUUAAAGCUGCUUUUGCUGUGUUUUUCGUUUGUCUCUUUCAUAUCACAUAAUCAUGUGCAAUACAUUUUAACUGAGCUGAUUCGAUUGAAACUUCUAGAAAAAAAGAAUGAUAUUUAUGAAUCCAUGUAUCAUUAUAAGACUAAGAGUUCAUUUAUACAGUGCAGUAUAGUGAAGACCGCAUGUAGUAAAGCUAAUUGUUUAGCUCUUCAUAUGGGAGGUAAUUACAUCUUAGUUUGGAACGUUUGAAAGCUCUCGUACGAAAUGCCAUUUGUGUACGCCAACUGUACAGUCUAAAUCGCUUUCGUUAAACGAUAUCUUGCUGCUUUUUGUUGCGUUUUUAGCUACAAUAAAUGUGUUUUGUGUUGCUA